UUAAUUUGUGUUUUAAAUCGCUAAAAUAUCCCAUUGGUCUUUAAGGUUACGCGCGACCGCUGCCAUUAUAAAUGGCCGCGCGCCCGCUUGAAGGUUAAUAAUAAUCGCGAUGGACCGCGGUCGUUCCACAGAACCCGGAUCCGGAAAAUAUCGAGCUACCGGAAUAUAAAUGUAUUAAUUCUAGCCUGUUCUAGUGCUUGCAGUAAUCACGUUUUUGUGGAAGCGGUUCGAGGAUCAAACCGCGUGUACUGACACGCGACUAUUAAAAAUAAAUUAAUAAUUCACAUGAAUGCGACCGCAACAGUCUUAAGGGCAGACACGAAAACGAGUUCAUGCCAAGUUAAUCGAAUGUUAAUGACCAUGCGCCGCAAAUAAUAGUGUUUAGUAAAGAUACAAAUUGAGGUGGUCAGUGCUGCUUUCUUCAUUUGAUCCGAGAUGUAUUACCGGGUCGGCCUUGUGUUAUUAUUCGCCGCUUGUUCCAUCCCGGACUGUUCCGCCGACCCCUUGACGCCUAAACAGGAACAAGAAAUAAUAAAAUAUAUCGAAAACCAGAUAAAUCAUAUAGAUGUCCACGAUGAAGAUAGCCUCAAUAAAGCUCUAUACAAGUUGUCGGAUUUGUUUAAGCCUUACAUGAAGCACGGCAUAAAAUUAUGGAAUAUUCCUGUAUUGGAUCCGUUAUUUUUGAAGACAGUUAAGAUAACACAAAACGAGGGUGGUAAUAAUUUCAAAGCCGAAUUUAAUUCUGUAUGGGUUUAUGGUUUAUCCGACUAUUCGAUCGAAUACAUUCGGGCACAUCCCGCGAAGUACUCUUUUGAAAUGAAGCUGAAAUUUCCAGAUUUAAAAAUGCUAGGGAAUUACGAUAUAGAUGGCAAAUUGCUUAUCCUGGAAUUGAAAGAUCAUGGCCCUUUUACCGCGAAUCUGACUGGUGUGGACGCCAUUGUGGAAAAUAAAUUCACUGUCAAGAACGGCCAUCUUCUUCUUUCGGACUCUAAAACAGAUUUUGCUGUCAAGAGUUUGAAAUUUCAUUUGGAGAAUUUGCUCAAAGGCUCCCCAGUCGGCGCGUCUAUCAACGAAUCUCUGAACCGAAACGUGGACGAUCUAGUCCGCGACCUGAAACCGGCUUUUGUGCGAGAAAUCAACCGCAUCAUCGUGCGCACCUUGAACAGGAGUGUGGAGAACCUGCCUUUAGCUAAGUGGCAAGCGGCCAUUAAGUGAACUUUCCUAUACAAAUGCACGAUGUAAUAUUGUAUUUGUAUAAAAUGUUAGUGUUCUUUUAGUCGAUUCACGACGCCAUGUUACCCUACUUUUGUAUCGGUUAUUAAUUAUUGUAAGGGCUAGCUCACACCGGAUUGGUAUCGGCCGGCAGCGGUGAGCAGUGGGUGGCCGCCUCCUAUCCUAUUGCCGCCGGCGGCCGCUGCAAUGAUAAUAUUAAACUUUAUCUACAUAUUUAAAAAGACAAACAGGACCGCGCGGCGCUGCUAGUCUCGCCGCCGCCAAGAAACGCGUCGCCGCGCGACCUGUUUCAUUCAGUCAAGUGAUACUGGUCUUUUUAAAUGUAGUGUGCUCGCCGCGUCGCUGACGGCCUGCCAUUCUGGUGUGAAUUGACCCUUAAAACAUAUUGGUUGUACAGUUUGGGUCAACAGGUAAUAAAAUCCGUCUUCGUGUGACAGAGCCAGGUGCUCAGUUUCGCCACGGAACGUCAACGACUUUGAAUCACUUUUUAACUUAUUAGUGCGAUAGUGAUAAUUUCGUGUUUGUUCACUACAAAUCGUAAAAAAUUGACACGUUGGGUACGCACCUGGUUACCACAGAAAUCAAAUAUCAAUAUAAUGUUAAUUGUAUGAAAGUAAAUAAAUAAUUAAAGAAUCCAAAGAAUUAAAAAAUCUUUCAUAUCAUGCUAUUCAUUCUCAUUAUCCCGGUCCACACAGAGCUAGGUACGACGUGAGGCAAUGUGCUCACUUGGCAAGCAAGCUAUGUAGACGUGCCUCUGCUGAGGUAUGCGCGUUUUUUACUCGGCCAUUGGAUGUAUGCCGCGUGAGCACAUUGACUCACUCUGUGUGGACCCGGUAUUAUUAUUAUCCUCCUGGAUCCUGGUGCCCUCGUUCGAGUACAUAAGGUUUAAACUUUUACAAUAAUAAAAGAAAGUUCUAAAUUCAAAAGCACAAAUUUUUGCAAGGGAUCCAGGGGGCUAAAGUAUGUUUCAGUAUAGGUACCUCCACCAAUAGCAUAUUCAGAUUUUUGGGCUUCAAUGACAUUCCGUAAUUUGUGAGUAAAGAAAGGGAAGGGAAGGGAUAGGGAUGUAAUAUAAUCUCUUUAGCCCCACCCAUCAGUUUAUAUUCAAGGUAGAAUACAUAACUUUAAUGGACAUUUCCUUAGUUCAGUAAAGAAAUAAAAGUACCUAUAUUAUAUUGACAGCUAAGCAACACAGGAUGCCUAGAGCCAGAUUUAUCCAACAUAGAACUUUAUUGCCUUUUCCACAUAGAUUCAUAG